CUCCUUCCCCCCACCCACCCGACGACCCGCUGGCCUCCCGCGCAAGUCUUAAACGACGACGGCGUGCAAAAGUAUCGUGCACAACCUCUAAUUCUACCUCGCGGAGGUAUCAGUGCGGCACGGGCGCGUUACAGGACUUCGAUCGUGUCUGCUGCCGAGCUUCUGCCAUAGACGUGUGAGACUAUGCAGCUGAGAAGCAGCAAUCCGCUCAAGCGACUGCCGACAUGGGUCUCGCUCUCGGUCGGCAUAUUCGUCGGUCUAUUCAUAGCAAGACUGUUCACGUCUGAGUCAUCUCCUUCGACCUGGAGAUCAGGACAUGCACCAGUAGCACCCCAUGCCUCACGGACACGGCAAUCCAUCACUCUCCCCACCCUCGAACAGCGCUUCCGCGUCCUCGAGCUGCUCACGUCCCUCUCCCCACACUAUACGAAAGAAUGUACGCGGAACGCGCAGUCCAUGUACAAGGAGCAGGCCGAGGAGCGCUACACGUCCCUCAUCGGCCACGAGUCGCCCUCACGCAGCUCCUGGCUGGACACACUCGGGCUCGGCGGCGGCCUCGAGGGCGACUUCGUGCCCCCGUCGCGGCACAGCCUGGCGCCGGAAAACCACAAGUACUUCUUCGCGAUCAACCUGUACAACUCGUUCGACGUCAUCCCGGACCUCUUCGCGACGCUCUUCCGCGUCGCCGCGAUCCUCGGCUACCACAACGUGUACGUGUCGAUCUACGAGAACGGGUCCUCGGACCAGACGAAGGCGCUCCUGCGCAUCUUCGACGCGCUCUGCCAGAGCGUCGGCAUGCGCGUCACGAUUCGCACGUCGAUGCGCACGCGCGGCGCGUUCAACCACCGCAUCGAGUAUCUCGCCGAGGUGCGCAACGCCGCGUUCGGGCCCCUGCACGAGCUGCGCGCCGCGGAAAACGAGUACUUCGACACGAUCGUCUUCAUGAACGACGUCCUGCCCUGCGUCGACGACCUCCUCGAGCUCAUCUGGCAGAGCCGCCACAAUAACGCGGGCAUCACCUGCGCCGCGGACUAUAUGUACCACGAGGAGCUCGGUUCACCCGUGUUCUAUGAUAACUGGGUCGCGCGCGACAUCAACGGCACCGCGCUUGAGAACGCGCCGUUCGAGUCCAUCUUCCAUCACGGCGCGUCGCAGGACCGGUUCCAGCGGCACCUCCCGAUUCAGGUGCAGUCCUGCUGGAACGGCAUCGCGAUCCUCGAUCCCGCACCAUUCUAUGCGCCGCCGCACGUGCGCUUCCGUAUGGCGCGCAUCACCGACGGCGAGUGCUCCGCUAGCGAGUGCAGCCUGAUCUGCAACGACUAUUGGGAGGCGGGCUACGGCCGCAUCCUGAUGGUGCCGAGGGUCAAGCUCGCAUACGAUUCGAGAGUGUACGACAUUAUCCACCCAGGGCGGCGAAAUCUGACCGCCAUUCGGGGAUACGUUCGACUCGGCGGCUUGCCCGAUAACCCAAGGACGGACCCGCAAGACCGUGCAUGGUUCGGACCUCACGACCGCCUCUUCACCGAUGAGGAGAGUAUACCAAUAGACUUUGUGCCAGGGCCGGAGUAUGUGUGGUGUUGGGGCUGGGAUGGUGCUGGCGACCUGGAUGGGCCAGAUGUAGACCCAAUAUGGGAGCAUAUGCCCAACAAGUCGAUCAGUGCAGAUGCUGUGAGAGUCAGACAUGAUCGCAGGAUGAACUUGCUGUAA